ACUUAGAUUUGCUUUGGUAGCCAGUGUGCUAACAUGUGAGUAGUUGUGUUUGUUGUAUGCACGGGUAAGCCCGACAAAGACAAUGACAAACGAGUGGCGUUUCGUUUCCCCCGAAGUGAAGAGAAAAUAGUGACGUUAUCUCAAUAACUGCAUUUCGGCUUUUCCUGGGAAGCUACAACUGAAGCCAUAUUUUAGCAUGUCCUCUGUCAUCCACUGUCAGCAACAUUAGCAACAUUUGCCUCAGUAUACAUCAGGAGGACAUUGCUUAGAGCAGGCUUAGUACAAAAUGUCUGCGUGUAAAAGACUGCUGCACUUCGUAAAGCACAGGAGCCUGUGGACGCACAUUCGGAGAAAUGUCACGACUUGGUCACCUGUUGGCGCUGCGUUCAAUGCCAAACCUCACAAGAGACUGGACGUGUUCGAGAAGAACGUGGGUUUGUUUGGGAUACCAGAGCUCAGCUGUCCUGCAGGUUUCCAGGUCGCCACCAAGGCAGCCCUCAAGAACACUGACCGUCUGGUGGAGAAAGCUUGUUCCUGUUCUCCAGGAGCCGAGACAGUGGAAUCCUUUGACCAGCUCUCAGACGGGUUGUGUAAAGUGGCUGAUCUGGCAGACUUUGUGAAAGUAGCCCAUCCAGACCCGGCGUUUCGCGAGGCUGCAGAGAAGACCUGCGUCGAGAUCGGCACAGUAGUGGAGAAACUGAACACCAAUGUUGAGUUAUGCAAGAGCCUAAAGACUUUGCUGGACAGCCCAAAUAUUGUGGCUCAGCUUGACCCUGAUACAAGACGAGUUGCAGAGUUGUUUAUGUUUGACUUUGAAAUCAGUGGAAUUCAUCUAGAUGACAAACUGCGGAAAGAAGCCGUUGGCCUUCACGUGAAACUGUUGGACCUGAACAAUGAGUUUCUGGCCGGUUCUCACAUGCCCAACAGAAUCGCAAAGUCUGCGAUCCCUGAGCAUCUUCACCUGCACUUUGCAAAAGAAGGAAGCUUCAUUCAAGUUGGGGGAUUACACGCAGAUUCCCCUGAUGACUUGGUGCGAGAGAUUGCCUACAGGAUCUACCUCUACCCCAACGCAGAUCUGAUGAAUUGUCUGGAAGAGCUGCUGAAGUGUAGAUACAAACUGGCCCAACUGGUGGGUUACGAGUCCUAUGGACACAGAGCCCUGAAGGGCACCAUGGCCAAAACACCAGAGACAGUGAUGAGCUUCCUUCAGUCGUUAACAGACAAGCUGUCGGGCAGAACAGCAAAAGACUUCAAGAUGAUGAGAAACAUGAAGAAGAAACUCAACCCUCGUAAUUCUGAGCUGAUGCCCUGGGAUCAUCCGUUCCUCAGCGGGGUCUUGCGUGCGGAAAGGUACAACAUUGAGCCCAUUUUGUACAGUCCCUACUUUUCUCUUGGUUCCUGCAUGGAGGGUUUGAACAACCUCUUCUCUCAGCUUUAUGGUGUCUCCCUCAUGUCUGAACCUCCCAGAGCAGGAGAGGUGUGGAGCGAGGAUGUCCGCAAACUGGCUGUGGUGCAUGAGACAGAGGGAUUACUGGGAUAUAUUUACUGCGACUUUUUCCACCGGUCAGAUAAACCCCAUCAGGACUGUCACUUCACCAUCCGAGGUGGCCGCUGGUGUCAGGAAACAGGCCAGUACCAGCUGCCAGUUGUGGUGCUGAUGCUGAGUCUGCCUCACCCCACCAAGAGCGCCCCCACCCUGCUCACUCCCGGCAUGAUGGAGAACCUCUUCCAUGAGAUGGGACACGCCAUGCACUCCAUGCUGGGACGCACUCGCUACCAGCAUGUGACAGGAACCAGGUGUGCGACUGACUUUGCUGAAGUCCCUUCCAUCCUCAUGGAGUACUUCGCCACAGACUACCGAGUCAUCAGCCAGUUUGCGCGCCAUUACGAGACCGGACAGCCUCUGCCUGAGAGCAUGGUGGCUCGCCUGUGUGAGUCAAAAAAGGUGUGUGGAGCCGCAGACACCCAGCUGCAGGUCUUCUAUGCAGUCUUGGACCAGAUCUACCACAGCAAACCUCAGAAGCGCUCCACCACAGAAAUCCUGAAGGACAUGCAGCAGAAAUUCUACGGCUUGCCUUACACGCCCAAUACGGCAUGGCAGCUGAGAUUCAGCCACCUGAUUGGCUACGGGGCCAAGUACUACUCCUACCUCAUGUCUCGGGCCGUGGCCUCAAUGGUGUGGAAGCAGUGCUUCGUUCAGGAUCCUCUAAACAGGGACAUGGGAGAGCGUUACCGCCGGGAGAUGCUGGCCCACGGAGGAGCCAAGGAGCCCAUGUUGAUGGUGGAGGGCAUGCUGCAGAGACAGCCCACCGUGGAGGACUUCGUGGACGCGCUGGUGUCUGAGCUCGACCAGAACUUUGAGACCUUCAUCAUGGACUCUGAGAGCUGAGAGGUGGACGCGGCUGCAUGGAAACGGACUUUGCAAGACGAGGAGAGACGUCGAUGCUCAUCCUCACAAAGCCUCUGCACUUGGACUCUCAGCAUUUUAUUAGCAGUUUUCUCUUGUAGUCACAUUGACUAUUUUAAUCUAUUUGUCCCAUUCCUUCUCAACACGAGUUAAUAUGGACAGAAUUAAAGACCACCAAACCCA